AUUUUGGGUCCUUCCUCUCCCUCAGUCUUCUUCACCAACGACCAUGGCAUCCCCCGCCAAACUGGAUAAAGAUCAGGUUCUUGUGGAACGUAAAUCAUCUGCGAGAGUUUUGACAUUGAACAGGCCCAAACAAUUGAAUGCUCUCUCUUUUUAUAUGGUAUCUAAGCUACUAGAAAUAUUUCACGAUGAUGAGGGAAAUCCUGAUGUUAAAUUGAUUGUCCUAAAGGGAAAUGGAAGGGCAUUUUGUGCUGGUGGUGAUGUUGCAGCUGUUGCUAAUGACGCAAGAGGAGGUGAUUGGAGGUUUGGUGCAAUAUUUUUUGAUACUGAAUAUAAAAUGAAUUAUUUGAUGGCAACAUACAGUAAGCCUCAGGUUUCAAUUCUUAAUGGAAUCGUCAUGGGAGGUGGCGCUGGUGCUUCUAUGCAUGGAAGAUUUCGUGUCGUUACCGAGAAAACAGUAUUUGCUAUGCCCGAAACAGCUUUGGGGUUAUUUCCUGAUGUAGGCGCCUCAUAUUAUUUGUCUAGACUAGCUGGAUUUUUUGGAGAAUAUGUUGGUCUUACAGGUGCUAGGUUGGAUGGUGCAGAAAUGCUUGCUUGUGGUCUUGCAACACAUUUUGUCCCUUCAUCGAAAUUAUCGUCAUUGGAAGAAUCAUUAUGCAAGGUGGAAACUAGUGAUCCAGCCAUAGUAUCUGCAAUUAUUGACAAGUACUCAGAGCAGCCUUCCCUAAAAAAGGAUAGUGUUUAUCACAGGAUGGAUAUAAUCAAUAAGUGUUUCUCUAGGAAAACAGUGGAAGAUAUAUUAUAUUCUCUUGAGACUGAAGCUAUGAGUAAGGCAGAUAGUUGGAUAUCUGCAACUGUUGAAACCUUGAAGAAAGCAUCUCCGACAAGCCUUAAAGUUUUUCUUAGAUUGAUUAGAGAAGGCAGGCUCUUAGGUGUUGGUCAAUGCCUUGUUUACGAGUAUAGAAUUGUUUGUCAUAUCCUACAAGGACACCAUAGCAAGGAUUUCUUUGAGGGUUGUAGAGCUAUACUAAUAGAUAAAGACAGGAAACCAAAGUGGGAACCUUCCAAAUUGGAGCUUGUUAAGGAUAGUGAUGUUGAUCGUUACUUCUCUAAGCUUGAUGCUGAAGGAUGGAAAGAUUUGGAGUUCCCCAAGAGGUUCAACAACUUGCCUCCACAUGCUAUUUCAAAGCUUUAAGGCAUCAACAAUCUCAUCAGUUGAACCAAAAGUGUAGAACCUAAGGAAUCACAACAUUAAAUUGAUUAUUGAAGGUUGAGUGUAGCUUUGUGAAUUGCCACUAUACAAGUUGAUCUUAUAUAAUCGAUAUCAACAAUAGUCAGAUUAAAUUAGUUGAUAAUAAUCCUGUCAACAAAAAUUAGUUGAUAAUAACUAAUAAGAGAAUAAUGAGAAAAUUAUAUGUUGAUAUAGAUUGAAGUAAAACUGUAUUGAAUAUGUUCCAUUCGUGUUUUCGUUUGGUAAAAUUAACAUCCACUGAUGUGGUCUCAGUGAGAUAUGUUGGUGAAAUUA